AUGGCGGGGGUUGGCGUGAGAUUAGGAGGAACGAAGCUGCUCCGAGUCGAAGCAAGCGAGUCUUCCUGUAAGCACGACACCGCACCACAAAUACAGGCAGUAGUUGAGAACGAGGACGGUGACGAUCGAGCCAACGGUAGUAAAGGCAGCAGCGAAGACGACGUGGAGUAUGAUUACGACGACGGCGGCGGUGGCGGCGGCGGCGGCGACAACGGUGGCGGCAACGACGAUGAAGACAACGACAACAAUGAUAAUGACGAGACCGGCGACGUGGACCGAGACACCCAUCUGUAUAAGGAUGUAUUAUGGUAUCUAUACGAGGAUGUAUUAUAUGACGAAUCUAUGUUUUUGGAAAUCUAA